GUUUCUGUAUUGCACAUGUUGCUAAUGCAAAAAGAAGUGUAACGAAGGACUGAGAAGCAAAAUUUAUAUCUAUUUCUAAAUUUAAACAUGGCAACAAUAGCUAAAAUUCUUGGAAGUCGGAGUUCAUUACGAUUACUCCUUAAUAAUAGGAAUAGAUUCUACAGUUCUAAGUCCUAUGAAUUUAUUAAGUCUGAAAUUGUUGGUGCAAAGUCCAAUGUUGCUUUAAUAACCUUGAAUCGUCCUAAGGCGUUAAAUGCUCUGUCAAAUGGAUUAAUGAAAGAAUUAAGUGAUGCUUUAGAGCAGUACGAAAAUGAUAAGAAUGUUGCUGCUAUUGUUAUUACCGGAAGUGAAAAGGCUUUUGCGGCCGGUGCUGAUAUCAAAGAAAUGCAGCCAAAUACCUAUGAAAAAUGUAUCAUGAAUAAUUUUUUGCAUGAUUGGACAAAAGUAUCACAUUGCCAAAAGCCAAUUAUAGCAGCUGUUAACGGUUAUGCUUUAGGUGGUGGUUGCGAAUUAGCAAUGAUGUGCGAUAUCAUAUAUGCCGGUGAAAAAGCUAAAUUUGGUCAACCUGAGAUUGCAUUAGGAACGAUUCCCGGUGCUGGUGGUAGCCAAAGAUUGACCCGUAUAAUAGGAAAAUCUAAAGCAAUGGAAAUGUGUUUGACUGGAAACAUGAUUUCUGCCCAAGAAGCAGAACAGUCUGGUCUUGUUAGUAAAGUGUUCCCACCAGAAAAAUUGGUGGAGGAGGCGAUCAAGUUAGGUGACAAAAUUGGUACACACUCUAAUUUAAUUGUACAAAUUUGUAAGGAAGCAGUUAAUUCUGCGUAUGAGACCACUUUACAACAAGGAUUAAACUUCGAAAGAAGGCAAUUCCAUGCAACAUUUUCAACGAAAGAUCGCAAGGAAGGUAUGACAGCGUUUGUAGAAAAACGUCCUGCCAAUUUCACUAAUGAGUAGAACCUAUACAUCUCACGCAAACAUCUAGCAGUUUAAACAUAUAUAAUAUAUUUACGUAGUUAAUUUCUACAAAAAUGAAGUAAACUAUUUUAUUGCAUUUAUUUUUUUAUAAGACCGAAUGUUUUUGUAAUAUAUAUAUAAAUAUAUAAGUACAUACAUAAUCCAAAAAUUGCA